UGCUGGUGCUUGAUGUCACUGGGUUUGAACCUUGUGAGAGAAAGGGAAUAGAGACAGCGGAUCGGAGAGGACAACCGAAUACAGCUGCGUUUCAAGCGGAGGCACUUCAAAGAACGCUGACUAAUAAUACAACAAUUAAGAGACACCUCCAGUGCGCAUAGUAGCUUGCUGGCGUCCGCUCGCUUUGGCUAAGGGGUUCUUACAGAUGCGAUUCAAGUGGAGGAAAAGGGGAAAAAUAAGCAGGGGAGAGUGAACGAGCAAGAGAGGAUGGUUGCCCCUGUUCUUUAGGGGUACACUGCAAAAUAGGACAGCGGUAGCUGUUGUGUGUGGUAUUUUACUACUCUGUGCGUCCUCCCCGUUUUGUACAUGAAAACUUGAUGUAAUUCGCUGGUAGUGCAAAUGGAUUUUGGAUGUUUGAUAGCGCGAUUAAGUGGGCCGCUGUCCGGCGCACAUAACUCGACAGAAUUCAGUGGGAGCUGCUGCUAAAUGCUUCUGUAAAGCGGAGUUCUGCGAGAACCACACACAUAGCUACGCGGGUGAAGAUUGCUGGGCCAUAUCGAUUUAGCUGGUUAGCUUACGUUGUACCUUAUUUCCACCAAGUUCGAGAGCUACAGCUGUUUUCCAGUGGUCGAAAGAACGGGGCAGAUUUCCACGAGACAUCGUUUUGUUGUUUUUCCUCAGUUACACUUUUCUAGUGCUGCUGGGGUAGCUUGGCUAGAUGGAUGAUAAGAUUGGGUUUCUCGCAAGCCAUCUAACCAGGUAUCGCUGUCAUUCAGUGUAAGAUAACAUAGCUAGCUGGCUCGCUAGCUAACACAGAUUGAGCCAUACGAGGCGAUGAAAUAAUGGAAGGCUGAGUCUCUAUCCAGUCUCCUUCUUCUGGAGGGGGCGAGAUAGAGACGGGGAUAAACAAACUUCAUCCCCAGACCAUUUUUAAUUAAGGAAAGGGGGCACUUCCUGCCUGAAACAUCUGUACCCUCGCUUUCCAGGCCACCCCGUUAUAAGCCCCAAUCGGGCUUCAUGAUAUCUAGCUAGUCUAGCUAGCUACAUGAGAUAUGGAUAAACUCACCAUUAUUUCAGGAUGUCUUUUUCUGGCAGCUGACAUUUUUGCCAUCGCCAGCAUUGCGAAUCCAGACUGGAUCAACACGGGGGAAUCAGCAGGUGCUUUGACGGUGGGCCUGGUGCGACAGUGCCAGACCAUCCACGGUCGCGACAGGACCUGCAUCCCGCCACGGUUACCCCCGGAAUGGGUCACCACGCUCUUCUUCAUCAUCAUGGGCAUCGUCUCCCUCACCGUCACCUGCGGCCUGCUGGUGGCCUCUCACUGGCGACGGGAGGCCACCAAGUACGCCCGCUGGAUAGCCUUCACUGGAAUGAUCCUGUUCUGCAUGGCUGCCCUCAUUUUCCCGAUAGGAUUUUACGUCAAUGAAGUGGGAGGACAGCCGUACAAGUUACCAAACAACACAGUAGUGGGCUCUUCAUAUGUACUCUUUGUGUUAUCCAUCUUUUUCACCAUAGUGGGACUGCUGUUCGCGGGAAAGGUCUGUUUGCCUGGCUGACACCUCUUUUCCACCUCCGUCUGUUCGGGCUCAGAAAAAACGGCAUCAGCGCGAGAAACAUUUGCAGGAUGGACACCUGGAACAAAAAACAAUGUAACAAAACGAAAACAAAAGAAAAGGGUCUUGUGAGAACAUGCCCUGGGCUUAUUUAAAACUCUUCCUUGGUCUGCACUUUGGAUGGUGAGCGGAGGGAACCUGGUCCGCAGAAGGCGGGGGGACACUGAAAGGGAAAACAGGCCUGUGUUGACUGUCUCAGAUGCACCUGUAGCCUGACUUCACGCACCUCAGAGGGACUGUAUUUAACUAACGAGGAACAAACUGUCACCACCCUUCAUUUUUCCUUGUGUUGCUUUUGUCAUGAUUAUUAUGGAUGUUGUGCAUUUUUUUUUUUCUCUCUUCACCGAAGUAUUUUCAGAUCAAAUUAAAAGAAAAAGAAAGGAUCUGCUUGAGUGAAAACCUCUGCUGACUAAGUGUUCCCUUGGAGCUUUGCGGUCACCUGUUUAGACCCAGGCUCAGCCUUAUAACCCUGCAGUGAGAGGGAGCUCUGGUGGGGGGUAGGGUCAGGAGAAAACUCAGGCCCUGGGAGGGAGAGACGAUGGGCCACACAGAUCUCCCUGCCCUUAAGGUGCAGAAAAACUAGCCAAAAAGACAGGGUGUGCCACUGAAUUUGGGCAUCUCAAGCCGCCUCAUCCAUAACCAGGUGGGGAUGCUGGGAUGUAGCAUUGAACACAUAUUGAUGUCCAAUAUCAGUGAGUCUGAAAAGGGAAAAAAUUACCUUUUUGAUUUGAAAGUUGAUGAUGAUACUGAGAAAUUUUCACUGAAAGAAAAAAAGCACCAGGACUGCUGGUCAAGUCCAAGUGAGGCGGGCCUCACAGUGGUAUUUUGGUGGCUGUGGGUAGUACACAGAUAAACAAGGUUCUGGAUCUGGUGACAAAACCAAAUAGAGUCCAGAUGUCGUUUUACAGGUAUAAUGGACUUAAUAAGUCUUAAACAAAUGUUCUUUUUUCUUUAUUUCUGAUGAGUUUAUAAAAUUUUCUGUUUUCCUCUUGUCAUUGUAUUAUUUGAUUCCCCUGCCCCUUCUUUUUUGUUCUGUUUUGUUCUUGUGGUUUUAUUGGUUCUGUAAUGUACAUAAACAUAAACAGACACAGAAUUUUUUUGUUUGAUUGCCUGAGCAAGCACUGUGAUACCAAUUAAUACCUGGUCAGGCCAACAGCAGAAGAAGCCAUUACAUAGAAUCUGUUAUAUAUCUUUGUUUGUAAAUAAAAAUAUUUUGAUUUUGUUUGCUUUUUAAUUAUAUGACCUGAAAAACACACGUCCGUCCAUUUUGCCCAUUUGCUGUGAAGAACUGUAGUACAGGCUUUGACAACAUGACUUUUUUUGUAUUUCAAGAGGGAAAGCAAUGUUUUUCAUGUCAACAAAGAAGAGAGCAUUAUCAAAUUACAGCUGUCCAUGUUGAAAGGAAUUGUUGUGCCACCUUUCUAUCUGUUUAACUUUGCUGCAGAAUGCAAAGUCCUGCACAGGACACAGUGGUACAUCCCGGGUCUG